AUGUCUCAAAGCACCAACUCACAAAGCUCUCUUAGAGCUCCAGUGGAUUUUGUGCCCUCGACUCCAGUCCGUCGCGCCACAUUGUCCCCAUCGCCAGAGCUUAGCGCUAUGGCCAAGGGCCCCUCAUCCCAGUCAGAUAAGAAGUUCCUCUCACCGCCGCCAGUAUCGUCAUCAGACAUGACACCUCCACCUUCAACUCAAAUUCCAGGGGCCCCGCUUCGAUCUCGCUCGCACUCGCGCUCAUUGAGCCCCCCAUUGGAGAAAGCGGCCGAUCUGGACAAGUCUUUGUGCGAUGCCUACGGAGCCUCUGAGAACCUACCUUCGAUGGAAGAAAUUGACCUCGCCAACGAAACCCAACUGCGCACUAUUGCCAAAGAACUCCUUGCCGUGGCGCGGGAGUCACGUAUGUCUGCGCUGCACUUCAAGUUGCAAAACAGUCUGGUCUCUUUCGCAAGCAACGAAGCCGUCAAGCGCGCUGAGGUUGAGCAUCAGCUUGCCAAGCGUGAAGUCGAGAUUCUGCAAAGCGCCGAGUACCGUGCUCGCUCGCUCCCCCCGGAUCCCGCCACACCCAAGCAGUCCCAGUCUACUUUGAACCCCGACUAUCUGUCAGCUGUUCAGCGCGCGCAAGAAUUGGAAGAACUCAAUGCAGUUCUUGACCGGAGACUACGAAAGGCGAAGCGCGCCAUUGAUGAAGCUACGAGUCGGGCCGUGGACCUAGAGGAGCAGAACCUCAUGCUCAAGCGACGCAUUGGUGACAACCGCAAGCACUUUUCCCAAAUCUUCAACUACGGCAGCAUGUCGCCACGUACUCAGAACGACAUACACAAUAUGGAACACACGGAUGGCCUCGCCGCUCUGCUUUACGCUGAUAAACUCACCAACCAAACGCACCCCUAUGGUGCUCACUCUUCAACCUCCGUCCCUGUCACACCCAACCACCCGAAGACCCAGUACCUCACACCAAUUCAACCGCCAAGAGAAGAUCACUAUGACAGUGAUAGCACUGUAUCCCUCUCAGCAUCCGAAGCUGCAGAAGAGCAGUUAGGAUCUCCGCAUCACAUGCGGACCACGGUUCCCAAAAGCAGCACAUUACUUCAGACAAAGUUGUUCGGCCAGGUGCAAAAGCCUGGUGUGGAUCGUGCGCGCGCUAACAAGCGCAAAGCAGACAACGAAGCAAACAUGGUCACUGCAAAGAAGCCCAGGACGACCGGGGGAGUUGGCCUCGGCAUUGCCUAA